GAUAAUUUCCAAAUUCCAAAAUGACUUAUUCAAAUUCAACUAUGUCAACACCGUGUUUGGAUCUUGCUAUGGAAGGUGAAAGGUUCUGCCGUGAAGGGGAUUGGAAUAAAGGAAUAUCUUUUUUUCUAAAAGCAUUAGCAAUUGGAACGGAUGAUCUCAGUUGUUUGUCAGUUAUAUAUUGUCAGCUAGGCAAUGCUUAUUUUUACCAACAAGACUAUGCCAGAGCCUUGGAAUAUCAUCGUUGGAACCUUGCUUUAGCUAGAAGAAUGGGUGAUGGUAUUGGUGAAGCAUUCGCAACAGGAAAUCUCGGUAAUACACUUCAAAUGAUGGGAAAAUUUGAUGAAGCGAUCAUGUGUUUCACGCAUGAAUUAACAAUUGCUAGACAAUUAGAUGACAAGAGAACAGAAGCUGGAGCGUUAUACAAUCUAGGUAGUGUAUAUCAAGCCAAAGGAAAACAAUGGUUACCGGAUUCUGGUGAAUUCCCGGCUGAUGCAGUUAAAGCUCAAAGAAAAGCUGCUGAAUAUUAUAAAAUGGGUCUGGAAUUAGUUCGAACACUCGGUGAUCGACCAGCUGAAGGUCGAGCUCUUGGCAGUCUAGCAAAUGCUUAUUAUUUAUUGAGUAAUUUCACUGAAGCAAUUGAAUGUUAUAGAGAACGUUUAAAAAUUGCUAAAGAAUUUGGUGAUCUAACUGCUCAACGACGUGCUCAUAGUAAUAUUGGCAAUGCAUUUAUAUUUUUAGCUGAUUUCAAUGCAGCCGUUGAACAUUAUCGCGAAGCAUUACAAUUAUCAGUACGUUUAAAAGAUACAUCACUUGAAGCACAAGCAUGUUUCAGUUUAGGCAAUACAUAUAUUUUAUUAAGAGAUCCAAGUACAGCUGUUGUAUUCUUGCUUAGACAUUUAAUUAUUGCUCGUGGUCUAUGUGAUCGUAUUGGUGAAGGUCGUGCUCACUGGUCAUUAGCAAAUGCUUAUACUGCUUUAAAACGAUAUGAUUUAGCUUUACGUUGUUCUAAACGUCAUCGUCGAAUUUCUCGUCAGUUGGGUGAUACCACAGGUUAUAUGACAGCUCAAUUGAUGAUUGGUGAAAUUUGUAGCCUAAUGACAAGUACACAGACAGAAUGCUCUAAUGUGAUUGGUCCUGAUGGCAAUCAUCAUAAUCAUAAUAAUCAUAAUCAUAAUACUGAUACUACUACUACUACUAAUAAUACUAAUACUGAUCCAACGGAUUCACAAUUAAUAAAAACUUCCAAUCCCACAAUAAAUUAUUCUUCUGUACAACAGAAUUGUUUAUUGGACAUAAAAAAUUCCAAAUUAGAUGAAAAUAUUUUAUUUUUAAAAAAUAAUCAUAAAUUAUCAUGUGGUGGUAGUACAAUUAAUAAAUGUUGUAGUAUUAAAGUGAAUGAUAACAAUUCCAGUACUGCUACUAUUACUACUACCACUACCAAUACUACUAAUAAUCCUAUUUUAACAAGUAGUAGUAGUUGUAUAGAUAACAAUUUUUCCGAUCAUUCUUCUACUACUGAUGAACAUACUACUAAUACUACUAACAAUUUAUUGAAUGGAUUAAUUUCCCAAUCACUAUUGCAUUCUCCAUCGAAAACCAUUGAUCCCAUUACAAAUAUCCCAAUUCUUCAUAAUCCGAUUGAAAAAGAAAAUUCACAAUCGACUGUAACUAGUAAUUCGGAUAUAACUACUACUAAUACUACUAAUACUACUGCUAGUAGUCCUUCGUUUACAACGUUGACAGUUCAUACAAUUGACAACAGUGACACUGUUGUGAAUUAUUCAAAUAAAUCGUUACUCAAUACUCAGGAUACAACAGAGAAUGAUGAUGAUGAUACUAGUAGUAAUCAAGAUGAUUCAGAUUUGGAAUUAGAUAAAGAUUUAGAAAAUGAAUUACUUGCAAAUUAUGAAGGUAUUCUUGAAACAGUGGAAUUUGUAACUGUUACAGAAGAUGGACAAACUAUUAUUACACAAAUGGGUUGUUUGGAUGUUCCAACACCUGUUCAUUCAGAAUCGAAAAAGGAAAACAUGGUUGAAUUUUAUUUAAGUGCACCAGUAUUUCGUCCUAGUAGUUUAUCACAACAAAUUGAUAUACCAAAUCUUCAAGAUAUUGAAGAUAAUCUAGAAUCCAUUGAAUCAAUGUCUCAAAUGAAUAGAAAUUCAAAUUUAUCUAAUGAACAUUUAGAUUCUAGUAGUAGUAGUAGUAAUAAUCACAAUACUGUCGGUACUACUAAUUCCACAUCAACUGUUGCUAUUGCUGCUACUUCUGUAGUUGAAGAAGAACGUACCACAGAUCAACAAGAGAUAUUUUUCUCACUUCUACUUGAAUCCCAAUCACGUCGUAUGGAUGAACAACGUUGUUAUUUACGUACUACUACUACUACUACUACAACUGCUACUAGUACUACUGGUCAUAAUACACCACCUCCUCCUAUUCAAUCGAAUGCAACACGUGAAUCAUCUGGCAAUGCUCAUUUAAUAUCAUCAUUAUCGGCUAGCGAUAAUUCUACAUUACGUAAUCAAAUGAGCACAAAUGAAGAAGCUUUCUUUGAUUUAAUUGAAGGAGUUCAAGGUGAUAGAAUGAAUGAUCAACGAGCCAAUCUAUCAGUGUUUCCUGGUCUUCGUUCUGGACCAGGUCUUCAUGUAUUGGAUAGCAGUAAUACUACUAGUACUUCUGCUAAUAAUAAUAAUAUUAAUAAUAAUAAUAGUUGUUAUUUUGGUUCAACUAAUUCAGUAUUCAAAUCAACUAAUAGUUGUGCAAGUGAUGGUCUUCCAGAACCGAAACUACAUCGUAAUAAUAGUAAUCAUGAUGGCACCAUAGGAUUAUUUGGUAAUCAUUCAACUAAUGAAGUUAUUACUGCUACACCGGCUAGUUGUUAUAGCAGUGGAACAGAAAGUGCUGAAGAAAGGGGAGGCGGAGGAGACAGAGGAAGAGGACAAAGUAGUGGUGCUAAUAGUAACAGUGCUAUUGUCGGUAGAACACGUGGACGUCGUGGUCAUCAUAUUGUAUCGUCUACUGGUGAUUUAGAUGAUGAAUUUUUAGAAAUGAUAUUUCGUAUUCAGACAUGUACACGAAUCAAUGAUCAACGAACCAAUCUACCUGAUCCUCUUAAUCAAAUUCAAUCACAUAAUAAUAAUAGUAAUAAUCCAACUCGCUGCAAUAACGAUGAUGAUAAUGGUUUGAGAGAAACUCAUCAUCAACCAAUCAAUACACCGCCGCCAACAACAACCACAACCACAGCAUCUAAUCCACACAGAGAAUUAACUUUAUACACUUCAACCGGUGCAUUGAAUAAUAAUAAUAAUAAUUUAUCAAAUCGAUAUUCAGCUCCACCUAUCGAACAACAACACCAACAAAAUGAUGAUGGUGAUGGUGGUGGUGAUGACGGUGAUGAUGCCAACGAUUUGUUUGCAUUAAUUCAACGUGUUCAAUCGACACGUUUAGAUGAACAACGAUGUUAUCCACCGUUAUAAUCUGCGCCACACAUCAUCUAGCACGCACGUGCUUGCGUGCGUAUGUGUGUGAGUAAUUUUUCCAUGCAAAACAUUGCGCCAAACAUUGGCGCUCACUCAACAAGAACAAACAAUCAAAUUUCAGACACACAAAAAUAUAUGCAAAAUAAAUUCUCUUAUCAGAGGAUAAGUGAUCCAUAUUCAUACUUGUUUUUUUUUGCAUUGUGCAUUUAUAUAUAUACAUAUAUAUAUCUAGUAUUUUUCUCUCUUCAUAAUCUUACAUUAAUUUAAAUCUUGUCUCAUUCAAAUGUGAAACUAAGAUUAAAAAAUCGCCCGCUUUUCUUUUUUUUUCUAAAAAAAAAUUCCUGAAUUCAAUUGAUUUUUUUUCUCUUCAUUGGAUAUCUGUUGAAUUGUUGUGACUAGAAAUUUUUUUCGUCUUCUCGCCUUUUGCCUCCUAAUCUGGCGAAGAUCAUUAUUGCCAAUGCAUGAAAAUAAAAAUAAGAUUCCUGGUGUCCUGCUCCUUGACUCUCCGUCUCUCUCUGCACUAUAAACAACUUCAUUCUCAUUUUCAGAUAGAUAUGU